AGGUGGUUCAAGUUGGUGUGGUUCAUUAUGAUGAUGGAAGAUACUAGACGCCAGGUGGCGAUGGGGGAUAUGGUUCAUGAUAUGUUGGUAGAUAGACCUCCUUCUCCAGCUAGGAUGGAGUACAGAAGUGAUAAACAUGCGAGGUCUACUUUAACAGAAUUGAGUUUGAUACGAAAACUUCACGAUCUAUGCGAUGUCGUCAUUAAUGUUGGGAAUAGAAAAAUAUAUGCACACAAGGUAAUAUUAGCUGCGUGCUCUCCGUACUUUAGAGCUAUGUUCACCGGCGCGCUGUCUGAAUCCAACCAAACAGAAGUCACUAUUAGAGAUGUGGACGAGACUGCUAUGGAUAUAUUGAUUGAUUUCUGCUACACAUCUAGUAUUGUAGUAGAGGAGAACAAUGUACAGACCCUUCUGCCUGCAGCGUGUCUUCUACAACUAGCAGAGAUUCAGGAUGUUUGCUGUGAAUUCCUCAAGAGACAACUUGAUCCAUCAAACUGUCUAGGUAUUCGCGCAUUUGCAGAUACGCAUGCGUGCCGGGAACUCCUAAGGAUUGCGGAUAAGUUUACGCAACAUAAUUUCCAGGAAGUGAUGGAUCAUGAAGAGUUCCUACUCCUUCCCCUCUCCCAACUCAUAGAUAUAAUAUCCUCUGACGAGCUGAAUGUGCGGAGCGAGGAACAAGUUUUCCAGGCUGUGAUGGCCUGGGUUAAAUAUAAUAUCAAUGAGAGGAGAAAUCAUCUAUCCCAUGUUCUACAGCAUGUACGGAUGCCCCUUCUCACACCUAAAUUUCUAGUUGGUACGGUUGGAUCAGAUAUCUUAAUAAAAUCAGAUGAAGCUUGUAGAGAUUUAGUAGAUGAAGCGAAGAAUUACCUUCUACUUCCUCAAGAGCGUCCUUUAAUGCAAGGACCCAGGACCAGACCAAGAAAACCUAUUCGUAAAGGGGAGGUAUUAUUUGCUGUAGGAGGCUGGUGCUCAGGGGAUGCCAUCGCGAGCGUGGAAAGAUAUGACCCUCAGACCGGAGAAUGGAAAAUGGUCUCGCCGAUGUCUAAACGACGGUGCGGGGUGGGAGUGGCGGUUCUUAACGAUUUAUUAUAUGCAGUCGGUGGUCACGACGGUCAAAGUUACUUAAACUCAAUUGAACGGUAUGACCCUCAAACUAAUCAGUGGUCUAGUGAUGUAGCUCCCACUUCUAGUUGUAGGACAAGUGUCGGGGUUGCAGUCCUGGACGGAUUCCUCUACGCGGUCGGGGGACAGGAUGGAGUAUCCUGUCUAAAUCAUGUUGAACGGUAUGAUCCCAAAGAAAACAAAUGGUCCAAGGUAGCGAGUAUGAACACCCGGAGGCUUGGUGUCGCUGUAGCAGUUCUCAACGGAUAUCUCUACGCUAUCGGGGGUUCAGACGGUCAAUGUCCUUUAAAUACUGUAGAACGGUAUGAUCCCAAAGGAAAUAAAUGGACGACCGUUUCGUCGAUGAGCACUCGGCGGAAACAUCUUGGUUGUGCGGUAUUUAAUAAUUUAAUCUAUGCUGUUGGAGGAAGAGAUGAUCAAACUGAAUUGUCAAGUGCAGAGAUAUAUAAUCCUAGUACAGGAUCCUGGAGUCCUAUGGUAGCUAUGAUGUCUAGACGGUCUGGUGUUGGAUUAGCAGUUGUAAACGGAUUACUGUACGCUGUGGGUGGGUUUGAUGGUACAACCUAUCUUAAGACGAUAGAACAGUAUGAUGCGGAUGCUAACAACUGGAAACUCUGCGGCACCAUGAACUUCCGGCGGUUGGGUGGAGGAGUUGGCGUUGUGCGAAUGCCGCAAUCAGAUUCCAGGCUUUGGUAGCACGGAGAGUCCCUUGAAACAUGGAAGCUUUAAAGCUAGCUUUUCUUAAGGUUCAUUUUUGUUAGAGCAGAGAGUAUGUUGUUCUUAAGAUCAGAACACAUCAAUAACUAGAGACUUUUCGAAAGUUUAAAGUAAAAGCAAGGUGUUUCAAGUUUUUGGGGACUCACUGUACUCAACACUCUUAGGUAGAGAAGUACGGUCAUUGUAAAUAAUAUUAUUUAUUUGUUACAAAUGCGAAUUAGAUUCAACAUAUUCUGCAGUACAUGUACGACACAUUCAGAAACUUGCAUAAUUACACGCUUUAGAAUAUAGAAUUAUAUUGCAAACAUCAUACACCCUUCAGCAGUCAAGACCUUAAUCUUAAUAUUCUUCGAAACAUUCAGAUGUAUACAGAGGAUUGUUUUUUAUUCUUUAAAACUGGUAAUUAUUAAACUUAAAAUUGUUCAACAGUGUAAGUGUUUUAACUUUUUUAAACAUGUCGUUUUGUUCAACUUUUCACAGUUCAAGUGUCCAACAGCUUUUUAACAAUAUAACUUGUUUGUUAUUCUUUAACCUCUUUCAAAACCAUUCAAUCAACUGUUAACUGUUAUUCUUUAACCUCUUUCAAAACCAUUCAAUCAACUGUUAACUGUUAUUCUUUAACCUCUUUCAAAACCAUUCAAUCAACUGUCAUGUUUUAAAAUUGGAAUGUUGAACUGCUCUUUAAGGACCAAUAUAAUUGUAUUGCAUUCA